AUGGGCGGGGACGUCGUCACACACCGUCUCAUUGGCGACGACGAAGAUCUCGACGCGAUCGCACGUUGCACGUCGCCGUAUCUUGUGCCGGUUGUGGCUGCCAUCGCGCCAAAGAGUCUUCUCGUGAGAGGAACCUUUCUCCGUCUCCGGCAGCUGAUGGCGGAAAGCAAGGACAUGCUUCCAGACCCGUUGAUCGAGAUGGAUUUCGGUCACACUGUGGCCAGCGCGCUCGUGGAUGUCCACGCCCACAGUCUCGUCCACGGGUAUCUCUCGAGCCACAACGUCUUCUUCAGCCCGGCUUUAAAGGUCCACGUCGGUGUGCCCGGGACGUCGGCGACCGACGAUGCGCUGCUCGAAUGGACGGCCCCCGAAGUGCUCGCAGGCGACGCGCCGCCGUCGUCGGCCUCUGACAUUUACGCGUUUGGUAUUCUCAUGACCGAGUUUGAUACGUUCAAGCUGCCGUAUGAAGACGACGCGUUCGACGACGAAGUCGCGCUCACGACGGCGGUGGUCGACGGCGGCUACCGACCAGCGCUGCGCGACAACUGUGAGGAGUGGCUUCAAGACCUCGUCGAUCGUUGCGUGGACGCUGACCCGAAUUUGCGCCCAACGGCGGUCGAGCUCGCCGCGUCGCUUCAGAAACUCUUGGAUCAAGCCACGCGCCUCGCCCGAGCCGACGACCCAUAA